UUAGAUGAGGGGUAUUCUCGUCCUUUCACAGUUCCGCUGCAGAAAAAGAAAAAUAACACUCCAAAUCAGCUCACAGAGCGCACACACUGACACAGACAGAUUAGUUGCAAUAUUAUUUUUUUCUAGAGAGAGAAACGAACGGAGGAAAAAAGCAUGUCAAUUUGAACUCUCAAAUCACUUUCUCUCUCUAAAAGAAAAAACUCUAUCAUCUUUACUCAAAUUUUACCCACUGCAGUGUUUUUGAACUCAUCUCUCCAAAUCGCUAUCCGUUUCUCUCUCUCUCUCUCUACACUUGUACUGAAGUAUUUAUACAUAUUUACAUACAUUGUUUUGUAAGUAUAUACGGUGUUCCUUUGGAAGUUUGAUGCGAGCUGCAAAAAGUGAAUAGAUCUGUGAUGGCGGAGGUCUCCGGCGAGGGAGGUGUUGGUGUGGCGAUGGAGCUGAUUCCCGGAGAGACCAGCGGCAAUGCGCCGGCGCUAACGCCGCUCACGGUGUCGGCGUCGUUCAAGGAGGGUAGCAAGGGUUCGUCGUCGCGGCGGAGGGCGUCGGUACGGCCGAGCCUCGACGCUGACGAUUUUAUAAACCUGCUCCACGGCUCGGAUCCGGUGAAGCUGGAGCUCAAUCGACUGGAGAACGAAGUCAGAGAUAAGGACAGAGAGUUGGGGGAAGCACAGUCUCAGAUCAGGGCUUUGAAGUUGUCUGAGAGGCUACGCGAAAAAGCUGUUGAAGAGCUCACUGAAGAGUUGACAAAGGUGGAUGAGAAGCUCAAAUUAACAGAAUCUCUACUAGAAAGCAAGAAUCUUGAAAUUAAGAGAAUUAAUGAUGAAAAGAAGGCCUCCAUGGCAGCUCAAUUUGCAGCAGAAGCUACUCUUAGGAGAGUUCAUGCUGCUCAAAAGGACGAUGAUAUGCCUCCAAUUGAAGCUAUCCUAGCUCCACUGGAGGCUGAGCUCAAGCUUGCUCGGCAGGAGAUUGCAAAGCUGCAGGAUGAUAACAAAGCAUUGGACAGGCUCACCAAAUCAAAAGAGGCUGCUUUACUUGAAGCAGAGAGAACUGUACAGGUAGCUAUGGCGAAAGCUUCUAUGGUGGAUGAUCUCCAAAACAAGAACCAAGAAUUGAUGAAGCAGAUUGAAAUUUGUCAGGAAGAGAAUAAGAUAUUGGACAAAAUGCAUCGGCAAAAGGUUGCUGAGGUUGAAAAGCUCACCCAAACUGUACGUGAGCUUGAAGAGGCCGUGCUUGCUGGUGGUGCAGCAGCCAAUGCAGUUCGUGACUACCAGCGAAAAGUUCAGGAAAUGAAUGAAGAAAGAAAAACUCUUGAUAGGGAGCUUGCUCGGGCUAAAGUAACAGCAAAUAGGGUGGCAACUGUGGUGGCUAAUGAAUGGAAAGAUGCUAAUGACAAAGUGAUGCCCGUAAAACAAUGGCUAGAAGAAAGAAGAUUUUUGCAGGGUGAGAUGCAGCAACUCAGGGACAAGCUUACCAUAACUGAAAGAACUGCAAGAUCUGAAGCCCAGAUGAAAGAAAAAUACCAACUGCGCCUGAGGGUUCUUGAAGAGACUUUGAGAUCUCCGAGCACAGCAACUCGAGGUGUGCCGGAUGCAAGAAGCUCAAGCAAUGGUCCUUCACGUCGCCAGUCACUUGGUGGAGCUGAAAACAUUUCGAAAUUGACUUCCAAUGGAUUUUUACCAAAGAGAUCACCAUCGUUUCAACUCAGAUCUUCUAGCAGCAGUACAGUGUUGAAACAUGCAAAAGGGACAUCAAAGUCCUUUGAUGGUGGUUCAAGAUCUUCGGACAGGAGUAAAGUUCUCUUAAAUGGGUUAGGACCGAAUUUCAAGCAAAGCCAGUCCUGUGAUGGAACCAAGGAAACCGAGACACAAAGUAGUACAUGGAAAGCAGAGGAAAAAGGCAGUGAUAUACAAGUUACUGACACAGAGGAUACCGUACCGGGUUUGUUAUACGAUCUACUACAGAAAGAGGUGGUUGCGUUGAGGAAAGCUGGUCAUGAAAAGGAUCAGGGCCUCAAAGACAAGGAUGACGCAAUUGAGAUGUUAGCAAAGAAGGUAGAAACUCUGACCAAAGCGAUGGAAGUCGAGGCCAAAAAGAUGAGAAGGGAGGUGGCUGCUAUGGAGAAGGAGGUGGCUGCAAUGCGAGUGGAUAAGGAACAUGAUAGUCGAGCCAAACGACUUGGGAAUCCGAAGAGUUCAAUGAACAGUUCUCAGUUGCUCCCCGCAAGGACUGUAUCAAGAACUGGAUUGACCCGCAGCACACAAUAACAGAUAAUCAUGCCCGCAGCAGCAGCAUCAAGAACCGUUCAACAGCUAAAACUCGUAUUGCUUCCUUUUUUUAUCCUCCCCAAUUUCUAAAUUUACCCCCUUCUUUUUUUCUUCACUGUUGUUUUUAUAAUCGUAACAAGCAUGCCAAUGGCUCUUUGGUUGUGGCAAGAGAACGAAAAAAAGAAAAAAAAGAAAUUCGUGACAAAGACGAUGAAAAAUCUGGUGGAAACUGAUUGGUGUGCUUCUGACUUAGACUAUAAUCCCUCUGCUUAGAAAAUCAGUAAGAAACAUAUGAAGAUAUCAAAGUUGAGCUAACUUUUCGGGCAGACAUAUUUGAGUGGCACUCUCUAAUGUGUUGUAUAGGUAGUAGCUUUUAUCGGCUUAUCCUUCGCCUUCGCCCCCACACAUUUGUCGUUUUUUUUUUUUUAUCGGUUUGCAGUCUAUAUUUGAAAUCUGCAGUUAGUGUGAUUGGUAUUUGUUGAGGUUUGUCAAUAUUUUUUUUUUGUUCAUCUGUAUUCUAUAAUCUAUGCCCCUUAUGUUUUUUUA